UCGCUGCAUUUACAGCUGCAAGUCUUUUGGUGUAUGUCUCUACCAGCUUUGCAUAUCUAGAGAUGGAAAUGUUUGUCCAUUCUUCUUGGCAAAAAAGCUGAAGCUCAGUCAGAUUGGAUGUCUUGCCAUAGAUUCUCAAUUGGAUUUAGGUCUGUGACUUGGCUGGACCAUUUUAAGACAUGAACAAGCUUUGAUCCAAACCAUUCCUUUGUAGCUUUGGUUGUAUGUUUAGGGUCAUUGUCCUGCUGGAAGAGGAACCUCCGUCCCAGUCUCAAAUCUUUUGCAGACUGCAUCAGAUUUUCUUCAAGGAUUUCCUUGUAUUUAGCUCCAUCCAUCUUUCCCUCUAUUCUGACCAGUUUCCCUGUACCUGCUGAAGAGAAGCAUCCCCACAGCAUGAUGCUACCACCACCAUGUUUCACUGUUUGGAUGGUGUGCUCAGGGCGAUGGGCAGUGUUGGGAUUCCGCCACACAUAGCGUUUUGCAUUGAGGCCAAAAAGUUCAAUUUUGGUCUCAUCUGACCAAAGGCACCUUCUUCCACAAGCUGGCUGUGACCCCCACGUGGCAAACUCCAAAUGGGAUUUAUUAUGGUUCCCUUUCAACAACGGCUUUCUUCUUGCCACCCUCCUUCCAUAAAGGCCAGAUUUGUGGAGUAGCCUACUAAUAGUUGUCCUGUGGACAGAUUCUCCCACCUCAGCUGUGGAUCUCUGCUGCUCAUCCAGAGUAACAAUGAGCCUCUUGGUUGCUACUCUGAUAAAUGUUCUCCUUGUCCGACUCUUCAGGUUGGGUGGACGGCCUUGUCUUGGUAGGUUUGCGGUUAUGCCAUAUUCUUUCCAUUUUCUGAUGAUGGAUUUUAUAGUGCUCCGUGAGAUGUUCAAAGCUCUGGAUAUUUUUUUUAUAACCUAACCCUGCUUCAUACUUCUCCACAACUUUAUCCCUGACCUGUUUGGUGAGCUCCUUGGUCUUCAUGAUGCUGUUUGUUCAGAAAUGAUCUCUAACAAACUCUGAGUCCUUCACAGAACAGGUGUAUUUAUACUGAGAUUAAAUUGCAGACAGGUGGACCCUAUUUACUAAGUAUGUGACUUGCAAAUGUGACUUGUGAAGGCAAUUGGUCGCACCAGAUCUUUGUUAGGGGUUUCGCAGUAAAGGGGGUGAAUACAUAUGCACUCAACACUUUUCAGAUUUUUAUUCGUAAAUAAUUGUGAAAUCCAUGUAAUAUUUCCCCCCACUUCCAAAUGAUGCACUAUUUUGUGUUGGUCCAUUACAUAAACUCAUGAUGAAAUAAAUUUUAAUCUGUGGUUAUACCACGACAAAAUGUAGAAAAGUCCAAAGGGGGUGAAUACUUAUGCAAGGCACUGUAAAUGGGUUUUAGUAUGCUGUUUAUGAACAUUCUUUGUUUGGAAAUCACGGAUAAAACAAUUAAUUACUUUAAAGGAAACUAGGAGAGAGCGGGGUAAUGUGGGACUUCGGGUAAUGUGAGAAACCCCCUGUAUCUAGGCAACAGAACACCUUUGUGGUCAUUUGACUAUUAUGUUUUCAAGCCCCUCCCAUUCCCCCUUGCCAUGAAGGAGAAGUUGGUGCUGGUGCUGUGGAAAGUAUGUUUUUUCACAAAAAUUCGAUUUUUCUUGCUUUGAAAUUAAUCAACUGUUGUGUCAAAUCAAAUUGAAUCAGGUAGAAACGCUUAUACAUGUUGGUGAACUUCUAACAUAUAAUAAACAGUGAUUGAUGCUAGCUGAAGAUUAGCCUGAAAUGCUAAGAGAUGUUUUUUCUAAAACGGUGGCUAUGGGGUAAAGUUGGACAAAUGCUGUGAACCAUGAAGCAGAAGUUAAGUUUAGUCUUAAACAUAUUUUAGUGUUAUUACAUUAUGUUUUAUUUUCAAUGUCAUAAACAUUGUAGAAAAGCAAUUAUGGCAAGAAACUAUACGCCAGGAAGACAACCUGGGGCCAAACACCCCUCGCAGAGAUGGAGAGUGCAGCUGCUGAGGUCAUGCAAGGAAAGAAGUCCUUAAGAAAAGCUGGAAGAAAUAUUGAUAAGACAACCCUCAAAAGAUUCAUAAAGAAGAAAGGGAAAGUAAAAUCAGUAGCCUGGGGUGCAGUAGCUGAGGCAAAGAGAAUAUUCACAGAUGAGAUGGAGGAGGAGCUUGCCAAACACUUGAAACAACUAGCUGACCAGUUCCAUGGCCUGCCUCCAGUUAAGUGCUGUGAACUGGCAUUUGAAUACGUAGUUAAAAACAAUAUCCCUGUCACUGCCAAUUGGACAGAGAAACAUUGUGCAGGUAAGCUAGGAUGUGCAAGAGAUCACAUGAAUCAUAAUCAUAAAUGUGCUUAAUUGACCAAUACCCAUGAUUCUGUUACUAGUCCGAUAUUAGUUUUGGAAUGUGUGGUUGUCAAUCUAGCUGUCAGGAUUUGAACUAUGCAACAUGUGUUGUUAUGGUAGUUUUAAAGUAUUGUGUCCUGUGAGACAAGACCAUUUUUUUUUAAAACAAUCAUAUUUUCACUGCCCUUUGUCCUGAAGACAUUCUGAUCAUUUCCAUUGCUAGAAAACAUCUUGAAUUAAUGGAAAAUGUGUUAAUUUUAGUGAUAUAUCAGUUUAGCUCACCUGGAGGGGAGCAAAUGUAAAAAGUGUCUCACAUUACCCCGCUCUCCCCUACUUAGAUGUCUGUUAUUAAAUGCAUUUGGCUGUGUAUACUAUAUUGCUGUGAUAUGUCCAGUGUUAUCCGAGUUUGUGGAGUACACCCUGGACAGGUCUCCAGUGCGUGGUGGAGGAGUAAUUCACAUCCUUAACUUAAUAAGUGAAAGUACUAAAACUAGGUCAUGUCUAAAUUGAGAUUAAGGCUUCAGUCUGACGCACACUUGUUGCUGAACACCCGUGUUUCUGUCUGUAGAUGGCGUCCUCCACAAACACGUUCCUACACCUUAGUGUGCGCGUGUAAAUGCGCGUGUGCUUGAUUGAGCAGGCAGCGCAGGGGCCACUCUGGGACCAGAAACUGGGGCUGAGCCGCGGCUCUCGACGAAUCGGUCGGACUGAGCUCCGGAGGAUCGCACCUUUGUUUCCUUCUGCGAAGCAGCAUCUGGCCCGCACCUUCAAGCGCAGCUGCUCCAGCACCUGGCGAGUCUGUGUCGCUCCGGUUGCUCACUGAGGAACCAGCAGGAGGAGAAGCUCCAGCACGAGAGGCUGUGGAAUUGCUUCGAGCCACCAUCGUUAGUUUGUGAUAGAGAUCGUGCCGGACACCAGUGCGUGUGCCCACCGCCGCUAUGGCCACAUUCCUGAGGAGUUUGAUCUGGAUGCUGCUCUUGUUCCCAAAGCUGAGAUGUGACGCUAAUCCAGGACCAUCAGCGGAUACAGAUGGUCUGGCUGAAGCUCAGAGUGGCGCUGCACCUACUUCCGAAGGUUAUUUCCUGGAGUUCCAGGAGCAAGUCAACAACAUCACCCACUUCCAGGGCCAGACAGCCACACUGCAUUGCAAAGUGACAGGAAACCCACGACCAUCCAUCCGCUGGCUGAAGAAUGACGCCCCUGUGGUCCAGGAGCAGGGACGUAUAACCAUCCGCAAGACAGAAGCUGGAUCAAAGCUCCGCAUCCAGGACCUGGACACUACAGACACUGGCUAUUAUCAGUGUGUUGCCUCCAACUCACUCAAGGUCAUCUCUGCCACAGGCGUGCUGUACGUCAAACUGGGACUGAUGCCCACACAUAGCCCAGAUGAAUCGUCACGUGAAAAAGGUUUCUGCCAGCCGUAUCGAGGCAUCGCCUGCGCUCGCUUCAUUGGCAACCAGAGCAUCUAUGUUGAGUCCUUGCAGAUGCAGGGGGAGAGCGAAAAUCGGAUCACUGCUGCUUUCACUAUGAUUGGUACGUCCACCCACCUGUCGGAUCAGUGCUCCAGGUUUGCCAUCCCAUCCUUCUGCUACUACGUCUUCCCUCUGUGUGACGAAGGCUCUCGGGCCCCCCGGCGCCGUCAGCUCUGUAGAGAUGAGUGCGAGGCCCUGGAGAAUGACUUGUGCCAUGCAGAGUACACCAUCGCCCGAUCCAAUCCCAUGAUCCUCAUGCAACUGAAGCUCCCCAACUGCCACCUACUGCCACGACCAGGCACGCUUGAUGCUGCGUCCUGCAUGAGGAUAGGAGUGCCACCAGAAAAACUAGGUCCAUAUUCCCCCGAAGACCACAUCUGCUACAAUGAAAGUGGGGCUGACUACAGGGGCACAGUCAGCAUCACUAGAUCUGGUCACCCCUGCCAGCCAUGGAGCUCUCAGUCCCCUCACAGUCACCAUCUGUCCAAGGAAUAUCCCGAGCUCUGGGGAAGUCACAACUUCUGUCGUAACCCGGGAGGCCAGAUGCAGGCCCCCUGGUGCUUCACCUUGGACCCACAUAACAGGAUGGACCUGUGCGACAUCCAAUCCUGCAAGCCUCCAGAGAACCCAAGAAAGGAGAUACUGUUCAUUUUAAUCCCUGCAAUUGCCAUCCCAUUGGUCAUCGCUUGCCUCUUCUUUCUGGUGUGUAUGUGUCGCACAAAGCAAAAGGCUUUGACUGACACACCACCUCGCCAGCUCAGCAGCUCACCCAGCCAGGACAUGGAGCUCUCUCUCCUCAGUCAACAAAAACACCAGGCCAAGCUGAGGGAGAUCAAUAUGUCAGCAGUACGGUUCAUGGAGGAGCUUGGUGAGGAUCGGUUUGGCAAGGUUUACAAGGGCCAACUGUAUGGCACUGCUCCUGGUGAGCAGGUCCAAAUGGUGGCCAUAAAGACAUUGAAAGACAAGGUUGAUGUCACUCUCUGUGAGGAAUUUCGCCAUGAAGCAAUGCUGCGCUUUCACAUACAGCACCAAAGCAUAGUAAGUUUGCUGGGUGUGGUCACCAAAGAGCAGCCAAUGAGCAUGAUAUUCACCUACUCCAGCCUUGGUGACCUGCAUGAGUAUCUUGUAAUGCGCUCCCCAAACUCAGAUGUUGGCAGCUCAGAUGAUGAUAAGACCGUCAAGUCCACUUUGGAGCAGGCGGAUUUCCUUCAUGUUAUCACCCAGAUUGCUGCUGGAAUGGAGUACCUUUCCGGCCAACAAUUGAUCCAUAAAGACCUUUCUGCACGAAACAUCCUCGUCUUUGACAAACUCAGCAUCAAGAUACUUGAUCUUGGCUUGUUCAGAGACGUCUACUCUGCCGAUUACUACAAUCUCAUGGGCACAGGCCAUUUCCCUAUUCGUUGGAUGUCCCCAGAAGCAAUUAUGUAUGGCAAGUUCUCCACCAACUCUGACAUCUGGUCUUACGGUGUGCUGCUGUGGGAGACUUUCAGUUAUGGUCUGCAGCCGUACUGUGGCUACUCCAACCAGGACGUGAUCGAGAUGGUUCGCAACCACCGGCUACUGCCAUGUCCAGAUGACUGCCCAGCUUGGAUUUACACUCUCAUGCUGGAGUGUUGGAGUGAAUUUCCAGCAAGAAGACCUUGCUUCAAGGACAUUCACACACGCCUGCGCUCUUGGGAGAGUCUGUCUAACUAUAACAGCUCUGCUCAGACUUCUGGCACCAGCAACACUACUCAGACCAGCUCUCUCAGCACAAGCCCUGUUAGCAACAUCAGCAUGAGCACAGCAAAUGCAUCCCGCUACACAAGUCCGAAAAAGGGCUCACCAUUCCAUCAGCCCCAGUUCAUGCCCAUGAAGGGUCAAAUGCAUCGGCCAAUGGUGCCCCAACAGCUCUACAUCCCUGUCAAUGGAUAUCACCCAAUGUCAGCUUACCCAUACCUGCAGAACUUUUACCCCAUGCAAAUACCCAUGGCAAUGCCCCACCAGCAGAUGCACCACCAACCCCAAAUGGUUACCAAAGCUGGUUCCCACCAUAGUGGCAGUGGAUCCACAUCUACAGGCUACAUCACCACUGCCCCCUCCAACAACUCUGUGACAGAGCGAGCAGCUCUAUUAAAUGAGAACUCGAAGACCACUGAUGAGGCCUUGGCUGACAGGGCAACCGAGGAAGAGAGAGACCAAAAUGAGGACUUGUCAGUGCCUGAAACAGAAUUGCUAGGUGAUAAUGACCCUCCAAAGACUGAAGAAAUGGUGGUCCGCUUGUCAGACACAUAAGUGUGGUGAUGUUUGAAGGACAGUGGAGCUAAAAUAUUAUGUGAGCUGGGCUUGCUUGCCAGAAAAUUCAAUGAGCGGUGUAAAGUGAAAGGAGAAAUGCUGCGGAACUUUUUUUUAUGGGUUUCUUAGAUAGGACAGUUACAUUUGAAUGCCAAGUGUUUGUCAUGUUUGUACCUCUUACAUGCCUUUGUCAAAGGGUAAGCAAAAUUUAAAUUGCAAUUUCUUUUCUUUUGAAUGCCACAAGGGCAUAGUCCACCUAUACAGGCAGCCCUGCCUACCAGUUGGUAAGAAUUAGCAAAAAGUUAGAUGACCACCCUCCCACAAUGCCAGUGGUGUUUAUUAGAAUGCACACUCAAGCCAUAGGUAUUGCUACACAAACCCAGAAAUGAACCCAGGUUUCUGUGGUAGAAGACAAGGGCUUUGCCUGUGUGCAAAUUGCGCACCCUUUGACAAUUUGAUGUUGUUUUUGAGGUGAUUAUUUUGUGGUUUGUGAAAGCCACAGACAUAGAACAAUAGAAUGUAUGAUGACCAAAGAUAGUAGUUUUGAAAGUAUCUUUGUUAUUAAUGAAGUUCUCUACGAUGUAUUUUGUAACUUACCGCCAUCAAACAAAAGAAUAAGAACAAAGACUCUAGUUGAAUCUCAUUUGAGGCCAUUGACAAAGGUCUUAUUCACAACAUGUUUCCCAUGAAGUGGACCCUUUUUACAUAUACUUUUUUAAACAAGUUGUUAUAUUUUUAAUUGAUGUACUUUGGUUUUGAAAAUUUUAGUUGUUAAUGUUGUCCUUUACUGUUGAAAUUGCUAAGCCUAGUGUGAAAACUAUGUCCUUUCCACCACAUCUGCUUUGUUUGCAGUUUUUUGCUUACCAUGCAUUGUGUAGAUCCAUCUGUGGAGUAUCCAAUAAAGUCAUA